CAGUUCCCCGAUUUCAACGCCCAUUUGCAUGAGUACUAUCGGAACAAGCAAACUCCCACCAACCCAGGAUUCAUGGACUACCUAUUCCUGAGACGACUAAAACAUGAUCUGAGGGGACCUGAGAGACGACGACAGAGCGACCAGCCACCCUCUUCAAAACUUAUUGAAUUAUUGCCUGAUCCUCCUCUAGCCGAAUACCUGAUGCAGUCGUACUUCUCAACCUUCGAGACAACAUUACGCAUACUGCACGUCCCAUCAUUCAUCAGCGAAUGGAAUGCUUUCUGUGAUCGUAGCGUAUCCCACGCUGACGGAUUGCUCAAUAACAAGUCUGAUAUCUUUAUCGCAAAACUCCUGAUGUUAAUGGCAUGCGCCAGCUGCUUCGCCACCGAGAGGACAGAACCACUGGCAUCCGCGGGCUUCAGCCCGCAGUCACUGAUACAGACAUGUCAUACUUGGAUCUCAGCAGUCACCACAUGGCUAGCAGCCAUGACAAGCCACGCCCAACUGAAUCUGGAUGUGAUCCAGAUAAAAUGCCUACUGCUCCUUGCACAGCAUGCAACCGCCCGAGACGGCGAUCUUGCCAGCCUGGGGUCCGCAUCUUUACUCCGCGAAGCGAUGCUAACGGGUCUUCAUCGGGAUCCAUGCAACUUUCCCAGCAUUUCCCCGUUUUGGGCCGAACUACGCAAGCGCCUCUGGCUAACAGUAAUCGAGCUGGAGCUCCAAGCCUCUCUGUACAGCGGGAUACCAUUGGCAGUAUCAUGGGACGAAUUUGACAGCCCCUUGCCAUCUGACAUUGACGAUGAGGACAUUACCAUCGACUCGCCCCAUCUACCUCCCUCAAGGCAAUCAAAUACCCUAACAAGAACAUCCUUCCAGAUUGCUCUAGCGCAGACACUAGAGACUCGAAUAGCUAUAUCCAAAAUGGUCAAUCAGGUACGCCUGAGCGCGACUUACAACGAUGAAGUCACCACCCUCAGCGAACGCCUGACAACAGGACUGGCGCAGGCUCCAGCAGACCUCCGAGACGACACCAGUACAUCACCCUCACCUAACAACAGUAGCGUUAACACAGAGUUCCGCCGCUCAUUCUUCCUCUUCUUGCACUACCGCAGCCUCCUCGCCCUCCACCGACCCUUCUUCCUGCGAUUCACAGAAACCCAACUCGACCAGGAACCCUUCAUAUUCUCGCGACGAGUUUGCGUCCAGACCAGCCUAGCUUUGCUUUCUCAGCUAGAGCGCUUUCUACAACACCGCCCCAACAACAACCAGCCAUCAGCACCACUACCUAACAACGACAACCAAUUCUCCCCACACAUACACCACCUCAAAGGCGGGCUCUUCCGCGACGACCUCUUUCACGCGGCAGCAACAAUCUGCUUCGAGCUGCGCUUACAAACCAAAUCCCAUGACCGAGUAUUCAAUAUACCUUUUCCGGGAACUAGUAUCUCGAAAUACAUGGAUCAAAGCGUGUAUUAUCAGCGGCUAGCACUGUUCGAGAGCGUGGAGAACACGAUUAGGUAUUUUGAGGGGAAG